ACACGUGACUCGCUCUGGCUCCUCCUACCGACAACAUGGCGGUGCCCAAAGGCUCAAGCCGCACGUGAGAGAGUGUGGGCGUCUAGGGCAAGGAGAGUACAGCGUGUGGGUUAUAUCCCUUCCACCACCGUUCCCGAGGUUCUUGCAGGUCCCCGCCGCACCCCCGCAGCCAUGAAGACAAAGCCUGUUUCGCACAAGACGGAGAACACUUACCGGUUUCUCACAUUUGCUGAACGACUGGGCAAUGUGAAUAUCGACAUCAUUCACCGUAUCGAUAGAACUGCCAGCUAUGAAGAGGAGGUUGAAACCUACUUUUUUGAGGGUCUGCUGAAAUGGAGAGAAUUGAACCUUACAGAACACUUUGGGAAAUUUUACAAGGAAGUUAUUGACAAAUGCCAGUCAUUCAAUCAGCUGGUAUACCAUCAAAAUGAGAUUGUUGAGAGUUUGAAGACUCACCUACAAAUUAAGAACAGUUUUGCCUAUCAACCCCUUUUGGAUUUGGUUGUACAGUUGGCACGAGAUCUGCAGACAGAUUUCUAUCCACACUUUCAAGAUUUUUUCCUUACUAUCACCUCAAUCCUGGAGACUCAGGACACAGAGUUGUUAGAAUGGGCUUUUACCUCGCUGUCUUAUCUUUACAAGUACCUAUGGCGACUGAUGGUAAAGGACAUGUCCAAUAUAUACAGCAUGUACAGUACACUCCUGGCUCAUAAAAAACUGCAUAUAAGAAAUUUUGCAGCUGAAAGUUUUACUUUUUUGAUGAGAAAGGUUUCUGAUAAGAAUGCACUUUUCAACUUAAUGUUUUUCGAUCUUGGUGAACAUCCAGAAAAGACAGAAGGAGUUGGACAGUUGCUUUUUGAGAUGUGCAAAGGAGUUAGAAAUAUGUUUCAUUCCUGUACAGGCCAGGCAGUGAAGCUAAUUUUGCAAAAGUUAGGACCAGUUACAGAAACAGAAACUCAACUAUCAUGGAUUUUAGUUGGAGAAACACUCAAAAACAUGGUCAAAUCCACUGUGCUCUAUAUCUACAAGGAACAUUUUGGUACAUUUUUUGACUGCUUACAGGAAUCACUCCUGGACCUACAUACAAAAGUAACGCAAACUAACUGUUGUGAAAGUUCUGAACAGAUUAAAAGGUUGUUAGAAAUAUAUCUGAUACUUGUGAAACAUGGAAAUGGAUCAAAGAUAACCAAACCUGCUGAUGUUUGUAAGGUGUUAUGUCAAACAUUACAAAUAGCCUAUCUCUCCACAUCUUGCCGGAAGACCCUCUUGGAUGUAAUUUCUGCUUUGAUCCUUGGAGAAAAUGUUUCCUUACCAGAGACGCUCAUCAGUGAAACCGUAGAAAAAAUUUUUGAGAGUGGAUUUGAAAGACGUUUAAUUUUGGAUUUUUCUGAAGUCAUGUUUGUUAUGAAGCAGUUUGAGCAGCUUUUCCUACCAUGCUUUCUCUUGUAUAUUGAGAAAUGCUUUUUGGUUGAUGACUCUGUGGUCAAAGGUGAGGCUCUGGCCAUUUUGGCCAAGCUCAUUCUGAACAAAGCAGCACCUCCCAUGGCUGGCUCAAUGGCAAUCGAAAAGUACCCCCUGCUUUUCUCACCACAGACCAUGGGGUACUGUUUAAAGCAGAAGAAGACUAGAUCUAAAGGAGGAAAGGAACUGUUUCCAGUAUUGAACCAUCUCUUAUCAAUAAUUCAGUCACCCCCAAAGAAAGAUCCCACUUACCUUUCACAGUCUUGGGCAGCCCUUGUAGUGUUACCUCAUGUUAGACCUCUUGAGAAAGAAAAGGUGAUACCACUGGUCACAUGCUGCAUAGAAUCACUGCUCAAGACUGUUGACAGAGGGAGCUUUGGAAAAGGAAACUUAUUUGUUCUUUGCCAAGCCGUAAAUACUCUGCUAAGUUUGGAAGAAUCUUCUGAACUACUUCAUUUGGUUCCUGUGGAACGUGUGAAGAAUUUAGUGCUAAUGUUUCCUUCGGAGCCAUCUGUGUUGCUGUUGGCUGAUCUCUAUUAUCAGAGACUCUCCUUAUGUGGCUGCAAGGGGCCACUUUCAGAAGAAAAUUUAAUGGAACUAUUUCCCAAGUUGCAAGCAAACAUUUCAACAGGUGUAUCCAAGAUUCGACUUUUGACAAUAAGGAUCCUAAACCAUUUUGAUGUUCGGCUUCCAGAAAUGAAGGAGGAUGAUGGGCUCUCAGAGCGGCAGUCCGCCUUUGCUAUAUUACGUCAGGCUGAACUUGUGCCAGCAACUGUGAAUGAUUACCGGGAGAAGCUUCUUCAUCUGAGAAAACUGAGACAUGAUGUGGUGCGGACUGCAGUCCCUGAUGGACCAUUGCAGGAGGUGCCACUUCGUUAUUUACUAGGCAUGUUAUAUAUUAACUUCAGUGCACUGUGGGAUCCUGUUAUUGAACUUAUAAGUUCUCAUGCACAUGAAAUGGAAAAUAAACAAUUUUGGAAAGUCUACUAUGAACAUCUAGAAAAAGCAGCUACACAUGCUGAGAAAGAACUACAGAAUGAUCUAACAGAUGAGGAGAAGUCCAUUGGAGAUGAAAGUUGGGAGCAGACCCAGGAAGGGGAUGUUGGAGCUCUUUAUCAUGCACAGUUAGCAUUAAAAACAGAUUGUCGGGAAAGACUGGACCAUACCAACUUUCGGUUUUUGCUCUGGCGAGCUCUAGCAAAAUUCCCAGAGAGAGUAGAGCCACGGUCCAGGGAACUCUCUCCACUUUUCUUGAGAUUUAUCAAUAAUGAGUAUUACCCAGCAGAUCUGCAGAUUGCUCCUACCCAGGAUUUGCGAAGAAAAGGCAAAGGGGUAGCCGCAGAAGAAAUGGAAGAGGAACCUGUCCCGGUAGAUGAGGAAGAGUUGGAGGAAGAGAUGUUGCCCCAAGAUGAGCCCUCACAGAAGAAAAGGACAAGAAGGGCAGCAGCAAAGCAAUUAAUUGCUCAUUUGCAAGUUUUCUCUAAAUUUUCAAAUCCACGGGCAUUAUAUCUGGAAUCCAAAUUGUAUGAGUUAUAUCUUCAGUUAUUGCUACACCAAGAUCAAACAGUACAAAAAAUAACCCUGGAUUGCAUAAUGACAUAUAAACAUCCUCAUAUCCUCCCUUACAGGGAAAACUUACAAAGGUUGCUUGAAGAUAGAAGCUUUAAGGAAGAGAUAGUGCAUUUCAGCAUUUCAGAAGAUAAUACUGUAGUGAAAACAGCCCACCGAGGAGAUCUGUUUCCUAUUCUCAUGAGAAUUCUGUAUGGGCGAAUGAAGAACAAGACUGGGAGUAAAACUCAGGGGAAAUCUGCUUCAGGCACCCGCAUGGCCAUUGUCCUGCGCUUCCUCGCUGGGACCCAACCUGAGGAGAUCCAGAUAUUCUUAGACCUGCUGUUUGAGCCUGUGAAGCACUUCCAGAAUGGCGAGUGCCAGUCUGCAGUCAUUCAAGCCGUAGAAGGUUUGGAUUUAUCUAAAGUUCUUCCUUUGGGCCGUCAGCAUGGUGUCUUAAAUAGCCUUGAAAUAGUGUUGAAGAACAUUAGCCAUCUGAUCAGCGCGUACUUACCCAAGAUUUUGCAGAUACUGCUCUGUAUGACAGCGACCGUAUCACACAUCCUUGACCAACGGGAAAAGAUACAGCUGAGGUUUAUUAACCCACUGAAAAACCUUAGACGUCUUGGAAUCAAAAUGGUAACUGAUAUCUUUUUGGAUUGGGAAUCCUAUCAGUUCAGAACAGAAGAAAUUGAUGGUGUAUUUCAUGGUGCUGUCUGGCCCCAGAUCUGCAGGCUUGGAUCAGAGAGUCAGUAUUCUCCUACACCUCUACUGAAACUAAUUAGUGUCUGGAGCAGAAAUGCAAGAUAUUUUCCUUUUCUGGCCAAACAGAAGCCUGGACAUCCAGAAUGUGAUAUUCUGACCAAUGUUUUUGCAAUUCUGUCAGCAAAGAAUCUCUCUGAUGCCACAGCCAGUAUUGUGAUGGAUAUAGUCAAUGACCUUCUUAACCUUUCAGAUUUUGAGCCCACAGAAACAGUUUUGAGCUUGCCAGUAACUGGAUGCGUAUAUACUGACAUAGCAGAAGACAUGGACAAGUCUAUCACUAUGGGAGGAAGAUUAAUUUUGCCUCAUGUACCUGCAAUUCUUCAGUAUCUCAGCAACACCACAAUCAGUGCAGAAAAGGUGAAAAAGAAAAAGAAUAGAGCACAAGUCAGCAAGGAACUUGGCAUUCUUUCAAAGAUCAGCAAAUUUAUGAAAGACAAAGAACAAAGUUCUCUGCUCAUUACACUUCUCCUUCCUUUCCUACAUCGUGGCAAUAUUGCUCAGGAUACAGAGGUGGAUAUUCUGGUGACAGUGCAGAACUUGCUGUGUCAUUGUCUGGACCCUGCAAGCUUCCUCAAGCCACUAGCGAAACUCUUCUCAGUUAUUAAGAACAAGCUGUCGAGACAGCUGCUUUGUACAGUUUUCCAGACUCUUGCUGAUUUUGAUAGUGAACUAAAGUAUAUCACUGAUGUUGUCAAGCUUAACGCCUUUGAUCAAAGACAUCUUGAUGACAUCAACUUUGAUGUCCGAUUUGCAACAUUCCAGACCAUUGCCUCAUACAUUAAAGACAUGCAGACUGUGGAUGUUAACUACCUAAUUCCAGUUAUGCAUAAUUGUUUCUAUAAUAUGGAGUUAGGAGAUAUGUCUUUAAGUGAUAAUGCCAGCAUGUGUUUGAUGAGUAUCAUCAAAAAACUAUCAGCUUUAAAUGUCACAGAGAAAGAAUACAGAGAAAUCAUUCAUCGUUCACUACUGGAGAAAUUGAGGAAAGGGUUGAAGAGCCAGACAGAGAGUGUCCAACAGGAUUAUACCACAGUACUUUCUUGUUUAAUUCAAACCUUUCCAAAUCAACUAGAAUUUAAAGACUUGGUACAGCUUACUCAUCACCAUGAUCCAGAAAUGGACUUCUUUGAGAACAUGAAGCACAUCCAGAUCCACAGAAGAGCCAGAGCCCUGAAGAAACUGGCGAAACAGCUGAUGGAAGGCAAAGUUGUGCUGUCCUCCAAAUCUCUUCAGAAUUACAUCAUGCCUUAUGCCAUGACUCCAAUUUUUGAUGAGAAAAUGCUCAAGCAUGAAAACAUAACCAUUGCUGCCACAGAGGCCAUUGGAGCCAUCUGCAAUCAUCUCUCUUGGCCAGCAUAUAUCUAUUACUUGAAACAUUUUAUUCAUAUCUUACAGACUGGACAGAUCAACCAAAAAUUGGGUGUCAGUUUGCUAGUAAUAGUGUUAGAUGCAUUUCACUUUGACCACAAAACUCUUGAAGAACAAAUGGGGAAAAUUCAGAAUGGAGAAAGUGUAAACAUAGACACACCAGAAUUGACUGAAUUACCAGAGCAUGAGGCCAUGGAGCUAGAAAACACGGAUGAAGGAGAGAAGGAAAUUACAUGCACGAGUUUGUCAGAUGACGAAAAAGAGCCAGGGAACCUUGAACCAGCAGAUUCAAAAGGGACAGCACCUAAGGAAUCAGAGUGCACCGCUAAGUCUGUCUCUUUCCUCCCUCGAAAUAAGGAAGAAUUGGAGAGAACGAUUAAAAAUAUCCAAACAACCAUAACUGGGGAGAUCCUACCCAGGCUACAUAAAUGCCUCGCUUCCACGACUAAAAGGGAAGAAGAACAUAAGCUCAUCAAGUCGAAGGUGGUGAAUGACGAGGAAGUGGUUCGAGUUCCUUUAGCUUUUGCCAUGGUUAAGCUAAUGCACUCCCUUCCAAAAGAAGUUAUGGAAGCCAACCUGCCAAGUAUUUUGCUGAAAGUGUGUGCCCUCCUCAAGAACAGAGCACAAGAAAUCAGAGACAUUGCACGCAGCACUCUGGCAAAAAUAAUAGAGGAUCUGGGGGUGCAUUUCCUACAGUAUGUCUUAAAGGAAUUACAGACCACCCUUGUUCGUGGGUAUCAGGUCCACGUGCUAACUUUCACUGUUUACAUGUUGCUACAAAACCUCACCAACAAGCUCCAAGUUGGGGAUUUAGAUUCUUGUUUGGAUAUAAUGAUUGAGAUUUUUAACCAUGAGUUGUUUGGUGCCGUUGCUGAAGAGAAGGAAGUAAAGCAGAUCCUCUCUAAAGUCAUGGAGGCACGGAGAAGCAAGAGUUACGAUUCCUAUGAAAUCCUGGGAAAGUUCGUAGGAAAAGAUCAAGUUACAAAGCUCAUUCUUCCAUUAAAAGAGAUCUUACAAAAUACCACGAGCUUAAAACUGGCCCGCAAGGUGCAUGAAACCUUACGCCGAAUCAUAGCAGGAUUGAUUGUAAAUCAGGAAAUGACGGCAGAAGCUAUUCUGUUGCUCAGUUACGGUUUGGUCAGUGAAAAUCUUCCCCUGUUAACAGAGAAAGAAAAAAACCCAGCACCCCCUGCACCAGAUCCACGCCUGCCACCCCAGAGCUGCCUUCUGCUUCCACCGACUCCGGUUCGAGGUGGACCAAAAGCUGUUGUGAGCAAGAAAACCAACAUGCACAUAUUUAUUGAGUCUGGGCUUCGGCUGUUACAUCUGAGUCUAAAGACUUCCAAGAUCAAGUCUUCAUGUGAACAUGCCCUGGAAAUGUUGGAUCCUUUUGUGGCUCUCCUUAUCGACUGCCUGGGUUCCAUGGACGUGAAGGUGAUCACAGGUGCUUUACAAUGCCUAAUCUGGGUCUUGAGGUUCCCUCUGCCUUCCAUAGAAACCAAAGCAGAAAAGUUGACGAAACACCUCUUCCUUUUGCUCAAGAACUAUGCAAAACUUGGGGCUGCCAAGGGUCAGAAUUUCCACCUGGUGGUCAACUGCUUCAAGUGUGUGACCAUCCUUGUAAAGAAAGUCAAGUCGUACCAUAUAACUGAAAAACAGCUUCAAGUUCUACUGGCGUACGCUGAGGAGGAUAUUUAUGACACUUCAAGACAAGCUACUGCAUUUGGUCUUCUCAAGGCUAUUUUAUCAAGAAAGUUGUUGGUCCCAGAAAUUGAUGAUGUCAUGCGGAAAGUAUCCAAGUUGGCUAUUUCUGCACAAAGCGAACCUGCCAGAGUCCAGUGCAGACAGGUUUUUCUGAAAUACAUUCUUGACUAUCCUCUGGGAAACAAAUUGAGACCCAACUUGGACUUCUUGCUUGCUCAACUGAAUUAUGAACACGAGACCGGCCGAGAGUCCACCUUGGAGAUGAUCGCCUAUCUCUUUGAGACAUUCCCUCAGGGACUUCUUCACGAGAACUGUGGAGUGUUCUUUAUUCCUCUUUGUCUAAUGGUGGUGAAUGAUGACUCUGCCGUGUGCAAAAAGAUGGCAUCCAUGACCAUCAAAUCCUUACUCAGUAAAAUCAGCCUUGAGAAAAAAGAUUGGCUAUUUGAAAUGGUCACCUCCUGGUUUGGAGCAAAAAAGAGUCUGAGUAGACAGCUUGCUGCCUUAAUCUGUGGAGUGUUUGUGGAAAGUGAAGGUGCUGAUUUUGAGAGAAGGCUUAAAACUGUCCUUCCUGUGAUUGAAAGGGAAAUUAAUCCUGAGAACUUUGAAGAUAUCAUGGAAGAGACUGAAGAGAAAGCUGCAGAUCGCCUGCUGUUCAGUUUUCUUACACUGAUGAGCAAGCUCAUCAAGGGAUGUAACAUUAUUCAGUUUACCAGGCCCUCAGAGACUUUGCGUAAAAUCUGGAGUCAUGUUCAUUCUCACUUGAGACAUCCACACAAUUGGGUGUGGCUCACUGCAGCCCAGAUUUUUGGAUUGCUCUUUGCCUCUUGUCAGCCAGAGGAGCUUGUUCGAAAAUGGCAUGCCAAAAAGACAAAAAAGAAACACUCAGAACCUGUAGCAAUCCAGUUCCUAACGGGUGACCUUGACCAGAAGAUGAAAAGUAUCUCUCUAGCCUCUUGCCAUCAGUUGCAUUCCAAGUUCUUAGAUCAGUCUCUAGGAGAACAGGUUGUUAAGAAUUUGUUGUUCGUAGCCAAAGUCUUGUACUUACUGGAACCUGAUUCUGGACAUAAGCAAGGUGAGGUAAGAGAAGACAUGGAAGAACAAGACUGUGGGGCCACAGAGGCAGAAGAGGACAAAGCAUUUGCAGAGGAGAAGGCCAAGGGUGACAGAGAAGAGAGGGAAGAGCCCAGCAAGCCAGCCACGCUGAUGUGGCUCAUCCAGAAGUUGUCCCGGGUUGCAAAACUGGAAGCUGCUUAUUCACCUAGAAACCCCUUAAAGAGAACAUGCAUCUUUAAGUUCCUUGGCGCUGUAGCAAUGGAUCUUGGGAUAGACAAAGUGAAGCCAUAUCUCCCAAUGAUCAUCGCUCCUUUGUUUCGAGAACUGAACAGCACCUAUUCAGAGCAAGAUCCUUCGCUGAAGAAUCUGUCCCAGGAAAUCAUAGACUUACUCAAAAAACUCGUUGGGCUCGAGAGCUUUUCAUUAGCCUUUGCCUCUGUACAAAAACAGGCUAAUGAGAAAAGAGCACUCCGGAAAAAGAGGAAGGCUCUGGAGUUUGUAACCAAUCCUGAUAUUGCUGCCAAGAAAAAGCUGAAGAAACACAAGAAUAAAAGUGAAGCAAAGAAGAGAAAGAUAGAGUUCCUGCGUCCAGGCUAUAAGGCCAAGAGACAGAAAAGCCACAGCCUGAAAGAGUUAGCAAUGGUGGAAUAGUCUCCUUAGGCUGUUAUCAGAGCAUAAGAGGCUCAACUCAUCCCAGAGAAUGAACUUUCUAGUAUAUUCUGCUAGUCUAAACUCACAGCAGAUUAUUUAAGUUAAAUUUUGGCAUAGAUUGUAUAUAUCUAUGUAAUAUAAUCAUGCUCUUUUUUAAUUAAAAUAUUUCAUACUAUACUGUAUCUUCACUGUCUAAAAAGCUUGUAACACUAAUGAUAGAGUUUAAAACAUUAAUUUUUUAACAAAAAGAUAUGGAUUGAAAUAGCAAGUAAAAAAACGUAGCAGUUAGGAAUAGACCAAAAUAAAAGAUUUGCAAGAGCUUUAUGGAGGAAUAUCAAGGCAUUAAAAAAGAUCUGUACAAAUAUAACCAUGUUCACGAAUAAGAAGAUGCAGUAUCCUGGUUCUGGUUCUUCCCAAGUUGAUCCCCUUGAGUAAAUGCAUAGCUGAGCAAAACCAAUGGUCGCUAACAAACUUAUCCUAAAAUUUAUAUAGACAGUUAAAGAAAAAACCAUGACUCUUUUACACAGAGAGUAAGAUGAGGGGCUUGCCCUAUUGGAUACCAAAAGACACUAAAAGUGCUACCUAUUGAGGAAAUGAUAAAUUAUAUCUCAUUAAAAUUAACUUCUAUUUAUGAAAAGAGGGAUCCGGCAUGUAUCACAUACAGAUGGCCCCAGAGUUAUGAUUGUUUAACUUAAGAUUUUCCAACAUUAUGAUGCAUUCAGUAGAAACCAUACUUUGAUUUUGAAUUUUGGCCUUUUCUUGAGCUAGCGGUAAGUGGCAGAACCCUCUUGUGAUGCCAGGCAAUGGCACCAGCACAGUGGCCAGUCAGCCACACAGUCACAGGGGCAAACAACUGAUAGACCCCAGGACACUGUGUUGCUAAGCCGUGAUGUCCGGUAGGUUUGAUGUGUUGAGUGCAUUUUCAACUUAAGAUGCUUUCAACUUAAAAUUAAUUUAUCAGGACAUAUCCCCAUUGUAAGUUGAGGAGUAUCUAUGUUGUUAAAGAUUUAAUAGUACCAGGCUAUACUUAGGAGUCAACAAAAAUAUUCCAAUACAAAAAGUGGCAAAAGGGAAAGAUAAGCAUUGCACAAAAGAAGAGACUUAGUUAAAGGAUUAAUACCUGGAUCUCAGGAAUCCUCCUGCAUCAAACAUAUCUAGUUAAGUAUUUUUUAAUCUUUCCUGUAUUUAACCUCAUUAGUAAUUACAGAAAUUCAAAUUAACACCAAAAUGAGAGUGCAUCCAUCAGACUGACAAGGCUGGCAGUACCAAGUGUUGGCAAGCAUGGUGGAGGAAAAGGAACUUCUAUAAACUCUUUUGGAAAAUAGUCCAGCAUUCCUUAUAAAAGUAAAGAUGAGCAACUCCCCACCACCCCUAUCCAGCAUUUCUUAUAGAGGAACUAAGAACCAUGGGACUGAUGACUAUAAAAAUGUUCAGUGAGUCACUGAUGAGUCAAAAUUAUGAGUUACUAAUGAGAAUUACAAGCAAUCUAAAUACUCUUCCACAGGAAAAUGGAGAAAUAAAAUGGAUAUAUUCAUACACUGAAAUAUAGUAGUAGUGAAAAUCAGCUGUUAACAGCAAUAUAGAAGAGCCUAGAAAAAAAUGUUGAGUAUCAAUGUAACAAUUUCAGAAUUUGGGGAUGUGGACACAUAAUACAUACAUGAUCAUCUAUACAGAAAAUGACAAUGAUUUGUUACCAGGAUAUAAGUUAUUGAAGGGGGAACUUGACAGGUUCUAGUAAUAUUCUGUCUUAGCUAUACUGUUCAGUUCCCAUAUUUUCAUAUGGUUCAUUACUUAUUUUUCAAUUAUUAUUAGAGAAACAGCUCCCAUCUGUUGGUUCAGUCCCCAGAUGUCCACAAUGGUCGGGGCUGGACCAGGCCAAGGCUAAGAGCCAGGAACUUAAUCCAGGUAUCCCAGGUGAAUGGCAGAAACCAAACUUUUAGAACCACUACCUGCUGCUUCCCAGGGUCUGUAUUAGCAGGAACUGGAGGUAGGAGUUGCAGUUGGGACUGGAAACCAGGAACUCUCUAGAAGGGAUGUGGGCAUCCUAACCAGUGUCUUAACCACUAGGCCAGAUACCCACCCUCCUCCAUUAUUACAUUACUUUGAGAAUAUCAACAUUUCGCAAAGUUUUUAUAACUAAUACAAAGAAAACAAAAUGGUUUGUUUUUAAGGCUUAAUAUUGACAACUUGGGGCCAGAGUUUGGGCACAGCAAGUUAAGCCACUACUUGUUAACACUAGCAUCCCAUUUUAGAGUGCUGUUUGAUGUCCCAGCCAUUCUACUUCCUAUCCAGCUUCUUGCUAAUACAUUUGGGAAGACAGCAGGUAAUGGUCUAACUGCUUGAGUUCCUACCACCCAUACAAGAAACCAGAAUGGAGCUCUGGGCUCCUGGCUUCAUCCUGGCCUUUCCCUGAAGGUUGUAGCCAUUUAGGGGUCAAACUAGCAGGACACUCUCUUCAAAUAAAUAAUCUUUAGAAAUACUCAUUAUUAUAGGGGCCGGCACUAUGGCGCAGCAGGUUAAUGCCCUGGCCUGAAGUGCCGGCAUCCCACAUGGGCACCAGUUCGAGACUGUCUGCUCCACUUCCAAUCCAGCCCUCUGCUAUGGCCUGGGAAAGCAGUAGAAGAUGGCCCAAGUCCUUGGGCCCCUGCACCCAUGUGGGAGACCGGAAGAAGCUCCUGGCUCCUGGCUUCAGAUCAGCACAGCUCUGGCCAUUGCAGCCAAUUGGGGAGUAAUAUUAUUUACAACUAAAAUUGCAGUAAGUCACUUUUUGGUGUUCAACUGCAUGGCAUCUUUUGGUCCAUGCUGCACUUGUGGAAGCAAUAUUCUUUAGUGCCACAUCUAUUGGGAAGAGAAGGGAGAACCCAUGCCAUGUGCCAGGCACACAGGACAUCUGGGUCUCUCACAGGGCAGCAAGGGCUCAAACAAUUGGGCCAUCUUCCACUGCUUCCCCAGGCACAUUGGCAAGGAGCUGGAUCUGAAGUGCAGCAGCCAGGGACACAAACUGACGCCUGUAUGGGAUGCUGGUGUCGCAAGUGGUAGCUCUUUCCACUGUGCCACAACAACAUUGCCCACAGAGGGCUGAUUUUAAGUGGCUUAAAGUGAGUGUAUGUAUUGCUCUCAUAAAAAGUUUAAAAGUACUAAAGAUCAGAAAGAAUACAUCAAGGAUAUUGAGCACAUCUGUUUUUAAUUCAUAUUUAUUGAUUUACUUUGUGCCAGGUACACCACGUUAGAUGCCAGGGACACUAACAGUAAAUAAGAUGGCCCCUGCCCUCACAGUUUACAUUUCCAUGGUUAAAGUGCAUCUCAGGUAUUCAGAUAACAAUUCUGCCACUUCCCCUUUAUAGCAUAAUCACAUGACACAGUACAGCUACCAACCAGAGUUAUAAAAUGUUAGAGCUCACUCAACAAAACCUUUGGUAUCAUUUCUCCAGGUCUUGUUUUACAGAAAAGCUGAAGUGGUGAGCAUUUAAACCCAGAAUUCAUGUUCUAAUACCAAGUUUGGUGCCUUUCUCAUUUUCAGUCUUCUCACAAAACAGUAUUCAGAUUUCCUUUUUGCCUUGCUUUUGUUAAAUAUCAGCAUUCAAAUCCUGGUAACCUACCUAUGCAGCUGUUUUCUGCUAGACAAAGACCUUAUAAUUUAAACUCCAUUAAAUAAAUGUACAUGCUAUCCCAUCCAAUACUUUGUGACAAACCAGAAGGAUCAGGAUCAUCCAAGUCCUGACCUCUGGGACAGCUGCAUGCCCUUACAAUUCAAGAGAGCAAAAGCCAUGUGCCUUCAGGGAGUGCAUCUGCCUGCCUGCCAAGUCCUUACUUCCCUAUACUUGUGAUUUUUCAGUGCUCCUGACUUGCUAGGGAGUGCUACUUUGUUGCUCAUAAGUGAGCUUGUUUUCAUGAUCUAGCCUGUUCUAGCCUGUGCCACUGACCAGAAGGAAUGCAAGUAUAUAUUGUAGCGGUACUAUCUUUCUAGCUGACAAAUACACAUCCUGUCAGUUGUGAACACACCCUUAAAUGCCCCUAAUGUGCCAGCCACUAUACUAUUCCGGACACUGAUGACAUAAUGAGAAAGUCUGAAAUCAAGAGUAGUAGUUGUACUGAAAAUUCUAGUGCCCACAGGAAGCAGCUUUCAAAAAAAAAGACCAAA